UACAUCUCUUUUAAGAAAUCAAAAUAAAAAAAAAAUGGCUGGGAAAAUUGCAUGUUUUGUGGUUUUGUGCAUGGUGAUGGUUGCACCCUAUGCAUCGGAGGCGUUUAGCUGCGGUCAAGUUCAGUCCGGGGUGGUUAAGUGUCUCCCUUAUUUGCAAAAUCGCGGCCCUGUGGGACAGUGUUGUGAUGUUGUUAAAGGUCUCCUGAAUUCUGCUAAGACAACACAGGAUCGUAGAACUACAUGCUCUUGCCUUAAAUCAGCUGCUUCUAUUAUAAAGGGCAUUGAUAUGAGCAAAGCUGCUGGUCUCCCUGCUCUUUGUGGUGUCAAAAGUCCCUUCAAGAUUAGCCUCUCCACUGACUGCACUAAAGUCCAGUGAGACCGAUGAAAAAUCGAUUUAUCGACGCAUAAAAUUGGUGUUAGACGUGCUAUCAUGGUGGCGAAGAAUAAGAUGCAUAUGGAUCGAGUUUGAUCCUGCUUAAUUAUGGGUUGUCUUGUUGUCUUUUUUUUUUUUUUUCGGUCAUAGUGGAGUUGUAAUAAAACUUUGGUGAUUGAUUGUUCUACCAUUUAAUCUUGGCUAAAUGAAAUUUUGAGCCAACUAAAAAUGUUUGUGUAUGACUUUACCCUUAAUUCAAUGUCUCUUUCAUGAUUU